GGCCAGCACAGUUUUCUUAUCAGCUUCCACACUGCGGAGCCGCAGCCCUUGGAGGUAAACAAGGAUUUCUGCAGGGAGAAAAGAAGGAUUUGAAGUGUUACCGGCCACAAUGACGGACAGAAGCCCCUUUGAAACAGACAUGCUCACCCUGACCCGCUACGUUAUGGAAAAGGGGCGUCAGGCCAAAGGGACGGGGGAGCUCACCCAGCUGCUGAACUCCAUGCUGACGGCCAUCAAAGCCAUCUCCUCGGCCGUGCGCAAGGCCGGCCUGGCCCACCUGUACGGGAUCGCAGGAACCGUGAACGUGACGGGAGAUGAAGUGAAGAAACUGGACGUGUUAUCCAAUGCCCUGGUGAUCAACAUGCUCCAGUCCUCCUACAGCACCUGCGUCCUGGUCUCAGAAGAGAAUAAAGAGGCGAUUAUCACCGCCAAAGAGAGGCGGGGGAAGUACGUAGUCUGCUUCGACCCACUGGACGGAUCUUCCAACAUUGACUGCCUGGCCUCCAUCGGAACCAUAUUCGCCAUCUACAGGAAGACCACAGAGGAUGAGCCUUCUGAAAAGGACGCCCUGCAGCCUGGUCGCAGUAUCGUGGCCGCGGGUUAUGCGCUGUAUGGCAGUGCCACCCUGGUGGCUCUUUCCACGGGGCAAGGAGUGGACCUCUUCAUGCUUGACCCAGCUCUUGGUGAAUUUGUCCUGGUGGAAAAAGAUGUCAAAAUUAAGAAGAAAGGGAAGAUUUACAGCCUCAAUGAGGGCUAUGCCAAGUAUUUUGAUGCUGCCACCACUGAAUAUGUGCAGAAAAAGAAAUUCCCUGAGGAUGGCAGUGCUCCCUAUGGGGCCAGGUAUGUGGGCUCCAUGGUGGCCGAUGUGCACCGCACCCUGGUCUACGGAGGGAUCUUCUUGUACCCAGCCAACCAGAAGAGUCCUAAGGGCAAGCUCCGGCUCCUGUACGAAUGCAAUCCUGUUGCCUAUAUCAUUGAGCAGGCAGGGGGCUUGGCGACCACAGGCACCCAGCCCGUACUGGACGUGAAGCCAGAGGCUAUUCACCAACGAGUCCCCCUCAUCCUAGGGUCCCCAGAUGAUGUACAGGAAUAUCUUGCCUGUGUGCAGAAGAACCAGACAGGAAGGUAGUGAGUUUGACCCCACGAGCCUGCUUCUCUCUGCCUUGUACCUUGUCCUAAGGACUCUAAAUGAAUGAUAAACAGAGACGAUGGUGAUGAGAAUGCAAAGGCCAGUCCACCUGAUCCCACGCAGAAGAGCAACCACAAACUGCUAAGGACAGGUUCGCAAGCCACAGGUGAUUCUGUGGUCAACAUAAAGGGUUAAAAAUAAAACCCACUUGUGAAAAG